AUGACGUCAUUAGUCAGAAGGUGUCUGCGGACGAUUCAAGAAAGAAACGGUGGCGGUGGCGGUGGCGGUGGUGGUGGUGGUGGUGGUGGUGGUGGUGGUGGUGGUGGUGGUGGU